UGUAGGUACCUGGCCGAGAACAAUUCCUCUCUGGCAUAUAAUGGUCUGUUUCCCCUGUAUCCAGAGAGAUCAAUAGAUAUGUCUUGGAGAUCGAAAUGUGGGGACAAUUUGCCUGACACCCCUUCUCUUGCUGGCCGAGGAGCACAUGGCUCGGGCGGUUCUGCUUCCGGAACAAGUCCCUCGGAGCAGCCUGCUGGUUCCCAACUGAUCCCCAUUCCCCCUGUAGUUGAAAUCCCAGAGGGGAAUGUGGAAGCCUCGCGCCCCUUUGAUGCGGAGGAAGUUGAUGCGGGUGCUCUUGUUCACAGGGGGAGGCACUCCAGUGCUGGUGAUGCCGCUGGCACCCGUGAAGAAGAUGUCCGAGUCGUGGAUAUCACCGAUGAGAUUCCUUCACCUGAUUCGGCUCCCGAUGCCACCCUUGCUGAUCUUACGAAGAAGAGGAAGAGAGGUUCCCUGAUCUCUGUGGGUGAGAAGGAGAGACAGGAGGGCCUAAAAAAGGCUGGCAAGUCCUCAGAGCCAGCGAGGAGGUCUGCUGGUGGUGUGAAGAUUCUCACUCCUGCUGGGGACAAGGGCAAAGGGCCAGCGAAGAAGUCAGCUGGUAGUUCCAAGGCUCUCCCCUCUGCCGGUGGAAAGGGUAAGGGCAAAGCUGUGGUGCCCUCAGCUGACGAACCAGAGGAUCUUGUUCCUGGGCCGAUUUCGAGUCUGUCGGGGCAGAAAUUAAUUGAUGCUUUGAUAGCUCGUGUCCAUUCUCAGGAUCAGGAAAAGAUGGAGGCGCUGACGCGCGGGGCUUUGGCUACUAAGUUGUGCCAGCUGGCUCUUCAGAUGGAAUCCGGGAUCUGGGGAGCUGUCAAGUGUAUUCAUGAUUAUGAUGUGUCUGAAAAAGAGAGAGAGAAAGAGCAAGCGGACGUCGCUAAACGCGAUGAUGAUGUUGCUGGAGUUGUGGAGCGCCUAAGCAAGGCUGAAGCGGAGGUUAUUGAGUUGAAAGCUAAAUUAGCUCAGAUGGAGGUGGAGAAGGCGUCCUUGGCCUCCGAAUUGUCGAGAGCCACAAAAGAGAGCCAUGCAUGCCUGGCCAAGUUUAAAGCUGACUAUGAAAGAGACUACGAAGAAGCCAGGCGGGGCUGGAAAAGGAUACUUGUGGAAGCUCAGAACCGUGCGUACGUCCUGGGGGCUCGAGAUCAACGCUUGGAGUACUUCUUGUCUCCGCGAGGCCAACACUUCCUGGGGGUGGUGCUGGAAGGCACUCUGGAGUCUUUCAAAAAGACUCCCGAAUACUUGGCAGAUUUCGGACCUCUUUUCGCUUAUGUGAUAGAGCAAACAGCUUCCAAGGCAUUGGAGAUGGCGGGGGCCACCCCAGAACAACUUGCCACUUUGAAUUUCAGAGCCCUGAUGGAUAACCUCCAAGACGAGGAGAUAAACAAACGGAUGGGCAUCCCUGAACACUCUCCAGAGAAGCCAGAGUGGUGGUAUCCAGUGCUAGAGAAAGCCAUUCCCUACUUUUCUCUUGGGAUUGGAUCUGACUCGCUGCCCUCUGCUCCCAUAUAUGCGCCUGCGUUCUCUGCUUCCCUGAUGAACUUUGUGAACCGGCUAUGGGAUCCCUCUGGCGAGAGCACCCGAACAUUCUCUCAGUUCGGCCUAGAGCCCCCUCUGCCCUCUGACUUAGCGGCUUCUGCCUUCACCGACUCUGUCUUUUCCUCUGCUGCGGUGGAACAGCUGUUCGACCUGUAUCAAGAUGAGGAUCUAUAUGUGCAGGAAGCUGCCAAGUUGUUGGAUUUGGGAGUGCGUCUUCCCCAACCGGUGGAGACUGGUCCGUUGCCCGUGUUCACAGAGAAGACCGUUUCUGGCCAUGCCUCUGCAAGUGGUGCUCCUUCCCCAAUUCCAUCUGCUUCUGCCCCUGUCUCCUCUGCUGUUGCCCCAGCUGUCUCUGUUCCUCCCUCUUGAUGCUCCUUAUCCCUUUCCUGUCUUUACCGAAAGAAAUUUUUGUAACUCUUUGAUUUGUAUAAGCUGAAUAUUUACCUUCAAAUUUUGGUGUAUAGCUAUGCCCUCCGGGCAUGUUUUAGUGAAAUUUCCUUCCCUUCCUUGC